GGAAAUACUUCUGCAAGAAUUUGCUAAGGGAAUAGAUGCACUUGGCUUAGCAACUUUGGAAACUUUGACAUCUGCUGCUGCUGCAAGGUUGCCUUUUACCAUUGGAUAUUCAUCAUCCUUCAUGGAUAAUGAGGACAUUGCCAACUUGAGAACUCUAAAUCGCCUUCUUCUGCUGCUAUCCAGACUUCAGAAGAAUGAGAAUCCAAAUUCAGAAGUAAACUAUGCAAAUUCUGGAGAGAACAAAAAUGCUUCUGUGGAGGAGCUAUCUCUCGUUCUAUAUCAAAUGACAUCUGCACAGGAUAUUUUACCAAUUCUUUCUGUCAUUCCUGAGCUUCCUUCAGAGUCGCAACAACAACUGGUUCGUCUACCAGCAGAUUUAGCUGGGAGGCUGUUGUCUCGUGUGGUAGCAAGAUCUAUCAGACGGAUUUUUGUAUAAGUUGCUUCCAAGGCUCAUUAUUUGGCUCGCCUCCAGAAAGGGAUUAAAGGGACUCAAAGUGAUGCUUCGACUUGUUUAUUGGAUCCAUGGUUUUGUUUUCUUUGGUAAUCCCAACCACUGCAAGGUAAAAGGUGAUAUCUUUCCCUCUGAAAAUUAUGUACUUUAAACAGAGUUGAUGUGUAUACAUGUAUAUAUAGAAUUCAGUGCAUGCCUUGAUUGCUUCUAGCAAUAUCUUCUUCAGUCAUUAAUUGAUUCAAGAGGAUCGAGAUCACUGUAUCUUGUUUAGCUUGAAUUGUGAUUCGAACGGUAGAGGGUAGAUAAAUGUGUGUGACUUGCAUUUGAACAACUAGACUGAUGCAAGUAGCCAACAAUAAGGAUUCCUGGCAAUCCAUGCAUCUGUAAUAAUCAAGAGAAAUGCUGUUCAUUAGAUCCUAAUGGAUAAUAUUGUCUUUGAUCGUUA